AUGUCGGAAGAUUUCACCACACCGCAAGUGGUUGACGACAUUGAGGACAAGAGGGCUCAUAGUUUUAGAAGAACUGCAAAGGAUAUUUUGGCCGGGACCAUCAGUGGUGUGGCUCAAGUUCUUGUUGGACAGCCAUUCGAUAUAACCAAAGUGCGGUUGCAAACUUCCCAGGGAGAUUCUACAGCUUAUCAAGUAAUCAAGAACCUUAUCAAGGACGAAGGUCUAUUUGCAUUCUACAAAGGUACCUGGGCACCAUUGUUGGGGAUUGGCGCAUGUGUCUCUUGUCAGUUUGGCUGUAAUGAGGCGAUGAAAAAAUACUUCCACGUACGCAACGGUAAUAAUCCAAACCAAGGUCUCUCACUUCCUCAGUACUACGCAUGCGGUGCAGUCAGUGGUGCUGCCAACGCCUUUUUGGCGACCCCGAUCGAGCAUGUAAGAAUCAGAAUGCAAAUACAAACCAAAUCGUUGAACGCAGGCGAAUUUAGCGGAUCUUUUGACUGUUUCAAAAAACUGCUCAAGCGAGGCGUUCUUAUGAGAGGACUUACAGCCACCAUGUUGAGAACUUCCCAUGGUUUUGGUAUUUAUUUCCUCACAUACGAAGCUUUGACCAACAGACAAAUCAGCAAGGGCAUCAAAAGAGAGGAUAUUCCAACCUGGAAAGUGUGCGGCUUUGGUGCCAUCUCUGGUGCCUUCUUUUGGGCAAUGACGUACCCAUUCGAUGUGAUCAAGUCAGUAAUGCAAGCCGAUAAGCUACACUUACCAGUUCAUGGCACCAACGUCGUACAAGUCGCCAAAGCCAUUUACAGAACUCGAGGAGCGUCAGCCUUUUUAAAGGGUUUUGCACCUACUAUGUUCAGAUCUUUGCCAGUUAAUGGUGCCACAUUCGCAACUUUUGAAAUGGCCAUGCGUGUUCUAGCUUAA